GAUCUGCGGAACUUGCCUGAUGAGGCUUCCAAUUCUGAACUGGAGCCGUUGGAUAUUGUGAAAGUUGAGGUCCUCAUGGAUGGAGACAGAAGCUCUGACCGCCAAGAGUACUUCCUCGGAGAAGUGACAGACUUGCCCAAGGGAAUGUACAGCAACAGGAGGAUGAAGGCCACUUUUGACUCUCCUUCAAGGAGCCAGAAAGUCCCACUGAAGGAAAAACUGCACAAAUGCCAAUAUUGUGGGAAGCUUUCCGACUGCCGCGCCCACUUGAUUAUUCACGAGCGAACCCACACAGGGGAGAAACCCCACAGAUGCUCAGAGUGUGGGAAAAGCUUCACCCGGAAGGAGUCUCUGAUUAUCCAUGAGAGGUUCCAUACAGGAGAGAAGCCCUACAAAUGCUCAUUGUGUGGCAAAACCUUCAGUGAUAAAAUCGGGCGCCUCAUCCAUGAGAGAACUCACACUGGGGAGAAGCCUUACAAGUGCUCCGAGUGCGGAAAGAGCUUUGGCACUCACUGCAACCUCCUGAGGCACCGGAGAGUUCACACGGGCGAGAAACCGUACCGUUGCUCAGACUGCGGCCAGAGUUUCCGAUACAGACCGCAGUUAGUGAUCCACGAGGGAACCCACAAAGGGGAGAAGGCUUAUAAAUGUGCAGACUGUGGAGAAACCUUCAGUCAGAUGCGGCAUCUGGUGAUACAUAAAUGGACUCACACAGGAGAGAGGCCUCACCAAUGUGCCGUCUGCAGCAAAAGUUUCAAUCAAAAGUCAGAUCUUGUUGUGCACACCAGGACCCACACUGGGGAGAAGCCGUAUGUCUGCUCCGAUUGUGGGAAGAGUUUCAUUUCAAGUUGCCAGCUGAGGAAGCACGAGAGAGUUCACACCGGGGAGAAACCAUACCAGUGCACAGAGUGCGGGAAAUGCUUCUCUUACAGUUCACAUCUCACCACACACAAACGGAUACACACGGGCGAGAAACCUUACCAGUGCCUGGAUUGUGGGAAAUGUUUCAUUUCUAGUUCUCACUUUGCCACCCAUAAAAGGACACAUACUGGUGAGAAGCCCCACCAGUGUACCUUCUGCGGGAACAGUUUCAUUCAGCGAUCGCAGCUUGCCAAACAUGAGCGGUCGCAUACGGGAGAGAAGCCCUUCAUCUGUUCCGAGUGCGGGCAGAGCUUCCGGUGGAGCCAAGGGCUCAAAAAGCACAUGCGGACUCACACUGGUGAGAAGCCAUAUGGGUGCUCCGUGUGCGAGAAAACGUUCUCAAGUUCCUUUAACCUGUCCAGGCAUCAGAAAAUCCAUGCGAAGAAGAAGCGAAGAAAGAUGGAGGUACGGGACUCGCCUGGAUCCCAGGCAGGAAAGAGAGCGCCAGUGAGGGAAAGUGUAACUGUGGCAACACGGGAAUAUCUGAAGGGUUUCACUACAUCUCAGAUUAAGCAAGAACCAGAAGAGGGGGUGGACCUGUUGUGUGAGAUCCAGAAAAGAGAAACUCUGAGUGCUCCAUAUUUGGAUGGAAGAAACUCUCCAUCUUCUCAGUCCUCACCAGAGAAUAACACUAGGCUGACUUUUAGCAGAAAGGCCGAUCUCCAUCAAUGGUCCUUUGGAGGAAAAGCUGCAUCCGAAACCUUGCCAGGCCUGGGCUGCAUGGAAGUUCCUGAAUUUUAUAAAGGCCUGGAUUCCCCAGUGGAAGUGAAGGAAGAGCUGGUGGAGGAGGGCAAGCUCAGCGUGGCGUUAAGAUGCCAACGCUUCCGGCAGUUUCACUAUGAGGAAGCUGAAGGGCCUCAGAAAGUGUUUGGUCAACUCUGGGACCUCUGCUGCCAGUGGCUGAAGCCGGAGCGUCACUCUAAGGAGCAAAUCCUGGAGCUGGUGAUCUUGGAGCAGUUCCUGAUGAUCCUGCCGCUGGAAAUGCAGAACUGGGUUCGGGAACAGUGUCCGGAGAAGGGGAGCCAGGCGGUGGCUUUGGCCGAGGACUUCCUUCGGAGGCUGCCACAAGGAGAUGAGCAGAGGGAAGAUCUGGCAGACUUGCCUGAUGAGCCUUCCCAUUCUGAACUGGAACUGUUGGAUAUUGUGAAAGUUGAGGUCCUCAUGGAUGGAGACAGAAGCUCCGACCACCAAGAGUACUUCCUCGGAGAAGUGACAGACUUGCCCAAGGGAAUGUACAGCAACAGGAGGAUGAAGGCCACUUUUGACUCUCCUCCAAGGAGCCAGAAAGUCCCACUGAAGGAAAAACUGCACAAAUGCCAGUAUUGUGGGAAGCUCUUCGACUUCAGCUCCCACCUGAUUAUUCACGAGCGAACCCACACAGGGGAGAAACCCCACAGAUGCUCAGAGUGUGGGAAAAGCUUCAUCCAGAAGGAAUCUCUGAUUAUCCACGAGAGGUGUCAUAUGGGGGAGAAGCCCUACAAAUGCUCAUUGUGUGGCAAAACCUUCAGUGAUAAAAUCAGGCACCUCAUCCACGAGAGAAUUCACACCAGGGAGAAGCCGUACAAAUGCUCCGAGUGCGGGAAGAGCUUUGGCACUCGCUGCAACCUCCUGAGGCACCGGAGAGUUCACACGGGCGAGAAACCGUACCGUUGCUCAGACUGUGGCCAGAGUUUCCGAUACAGACCGCAGUUAGUGAUCCACGAGGGAACCCACAAAGGGGAGAAGGCUUAUAAAUGUGCAGACUGUGGAGAAACCUUCAAAUGUGCCUUCUGCAGCAAAAGUUUCAAUCAAAGGUCAGAUCUUGUUGUGCACACCAGGACCCACACGGGGGAAAAACCGUAUGUCUGCUCCGAUUGUGGGAAGAGUUUCAUUUCAAGUUGCCUGCUGAGGAAGCAUGAGAGAAUUCACACCGGGGAGAAACCGUACCAGUGCACAGAGUGCGGGAAAUGCUUCACUUACAGUUAUCAUUUCACAACACACAAGCGGAUACACACGGGCGAGAAACCUUACCAGUGCCCGGAUUGUGGGAAAUGUUUCAUUUCUAGUUCUCACUUCGCCACCCAUAAAAGGAUGCAUACUGUCGAGAAGCCCUACCAGUGUACCUACUGCGGGAACAGUUUCAUUCAGCGAUUGCAGCUUGCCAAACAUGAGAGGUCGCACACGGGAGAGAAGCCCUUCCUCUGUCCUGAAUGCGGGAAGAGCUUCCUGCAGAGCCACGGGCUUAAAAAGCACAUGCGGACUCACACUAGCGAGAAGUCGUACGGUUGCCCCGAAUGCAAGAAAAUGUUCUCUAGUUCCUUUAAUCUCUCCAGGCAUCAGAAAAUCCAUGCCCGGGAGAAGCUAUAAUGAGGCACUCUAGACAAAAGACAGUAGGGCGAUCGGAGUAGCUAGAUACAGAUAGUCCUUGCUCAAAGUGACAAUCAACAUGAAGAAGGGGGUUGCAACCUAGAUUCAGAGUUCUGACGGACGUGCCCCCUCCAUGGCCCCUGGGCAAACCAUCAGUUUGCUUAAGAACCACAAUGUUUACUUAAUGAUGGCAGGUUUCGCUUAAUAAA